AUGACUACACAAGACGCCACGAGCGACGAUACCACCUCAGGGCCGGUUGAGGUGGGGUACAGAGAACUGCCCUUCCCACCAGUCACCAAAGAGCACAUCCUGAACUGCUCAUACCACAAAUGGCAUCCCAAAUACCGCGCCGUAACACCCAAAGCGCGUCUCAUCCCCCUCCCACCCGCCUUCCUCGACUACCUCCGAUCAGACGGCAUCAUCCUCCCUCCCGAAGAGAACGACGACCCUUCGUGGUCAGACAAUGACAGCGGCAUAUUCUCGGGUGCGGACAACAACGACGACGAUGAGGACGAAGCUCAAGACCCGAGCGCCAACUGGCGCGACACACACGAAGCCAUCGAGCGGACCAUCGAGGAAUUGGGCGGCAAAGUCGCACCCAAGCUGAACUGGAGCGCGCCAAAAGACGCGACUUGGAUAGCCGCAACCAACAGCAUGGAGUGCCGGACACCAAACGACAUCUACCUGCUGCUGAAAAGCAGCGACUUUGUCACACACGAUCUGGCGCACGCCUUUGACGACACUGCCAACCAAUCUACAACACCAGACCCGGAGAUUCCCUAUCAUCUCGUCUUGAGGAAGUGGAUCACGCUGAAUCCAAGCGUCGAGUUCCGAUGCUUUGUGCGGAAUCGCCGGCUGAUUGCCCUGUGCCAGCGAGAUCUGAACCACUUUGACUUCUUGUUCAACAUGCAGGACAAGCUGCGAGAUACCAUUCAAGACUUCUUCGACGCGAAACUGCGCGACACGUUUCCCGAUCCCAACUUCACCUUCGACGUAUACGUACCGCCGCCGCACGACAAGGUCUGGGUGGUCGAUUUCAACCCAUGGGCUGUGCGGACUGAUCCUCUGAUCUUCUCAUGGAUGGAACUCCUUACAAUGGAGGUACCCGACGCAACACCUCUCGAGGAAACAACUGUGCGUCUGAAGAUCGCGCAACCGGAAGACAAGGGCGUGCCAGUUGAGGCAGCUAGUGACACCUCAGACGAGGAUGAAGACACAGAUGAGGACGACAUUGAGGAGCUAUGGCAGCCAGAGUUUCGCCUCGUACGGAGAGAUGACCCCGAGGCAUACGGCUUCUCGACUCCACAGUACAGUGCGCACAAGCUUCCGAAAGACGUAGUAGAUGCAAGUAGCGGUGGAGAGGGUCAACUGCGAGAAUUUGCGAUGCAGUGGGAACAAGCGCAGAAGUUGGCUGAGCAACAAAGAGCGGAAGAUAGUGAGGAUGAUUAG